GCGGGCGCCUGGCCGCGGACGCCGCUGGCCCCCGGGGAGGUGAUCACGGCGCAGAGCGGAGCCUUCGAGAGGGACCCGCAGGAGUCGAGCACCACGGACGAGGAGCUGAGCCGGGCCGGCAGCCCGGGGAGCCGCGGCGGCGGCAGCACCACGCCGGACUACGGGGAGAAGCGGCUGCCGCAAGCCCUCAUCAUCGGGGUGAAGAAGGGGGGGACGCGGGCGCUGCUGGAGGCCAUCCGGGCGCACCCCGACGUGCGCGCCGUGGGCACGGAGCCCCACUUCUUCGACAGGAACUACGAGAAGGGGCUGGAGUGGUACAGGAACGUGAUGCCCAAGACGCUGGACGGCCAGAUCACCAUGGAGAAGACCCCCAGCUACUUCGUGACCAACGAGGCCCCCAGGCGCAUUCACUCCAUGGCCAAGGACACGAAGCUGAUCGUGGUGGUGAGAAACCCGGUCACACGGGCCAUCUCGGACUACACGCAGACGCUCUCCAAGAAGCCAGAGAUCCCCACCUUCGAGGUGCUGGCCUUCAAGAACCGGACCCUGGGGCUGAUCGAUGCCUCCUGGAGCGCAAUCCGCAUCGGGAUCUAUGCCCUGCACUUGGAGAACUGGCUCCAGUACUUCCCCCUCUCCCAAAUCCUUUUUGUCAGUGGUGAGAGGCUCAUCACUGACCCAGCUGGGGAAAUGGCUAAGGUCCAGGACUUCUUAGGCCUCAAGAGGAUUGUGACAGAGAAACAUUUUUAUUUUAAUAAAACCAAGGGGUUCCCCUGUCUAAAGAAGCCAGAGGACAGCAGUGCUCCCCGGUGCUUGGGCAAGUCCAAGGGUCGAACUCACCCCAAAAUAGACCCAGACGUCAUCCACAGACUGCGGAAGUUUUACAAACCCUUCAAUGUCAUGUUUUACCAAAUGACGGGCCAAGAUUUCCAGUGGGAGCAGGAAGAAAGUGAUAAGUAG